AAUCGAAGCGCUAUCUCUUGUAACGUUCCUCUGUUUUUCUGUCGUUUACUGUCACUCAUUUUUUUCUCUGCUUUCGAUUUGAAGGAAGAACUCAAGAAUCCCUGGUUUCUUCGGAAUCUUCUUCUCCAACUGGUUGGAUUGCCCAAAUCUUGGUUGAAUGUUAAACCGUUGUUCGUUUGUUUGGUUUGUAAAACAUUGAUUUAUCUCUCUGUUGUGAAAUCUAGCACUUCAAGCAGCUCUUCCAUUUAUAUACAUUACUGGGUCUAGCAGAGCCUAAAGGACAUUAUUUCAGCCUCUCUCUAGAGAGGCCCUGCUCCUGGUCUUACUCUAAAUUUAUCUGUUUAGAGUUAUAGAAGCUUAUCUAAAUAAGAUGACGGUUAAAAGCCCAGCUACACCAGCUUCAAAGAUAGACAGGACACCAGUGUCUACCCCAGGCGGCCCAAAAGUUAAAGAAGAGAAAAUUGUAGUGACUGUAAGGUUACGACCUCUUAGCAAAAGGGAGCAAUCAUUGAAAGACCAAGUAGCAUGGGAAUGUAUAGAUGAUCAUACUAUUGUGUACAAGCCACCAUCUCAGGAGCGUUCAAUCACAUCAGCCUCUUAUACCUUUGAUAAAGUCUUUGGACCUGUUUCUUUAACUGAGGCAGUAUAUGAAGGAGUGAAGAAUGUUGCUUUGUCUGCAUUGAUGGGCAUAAAUGCGACUAUAUUUGCUUAUGGGCAAACCAGCAGUGGAAAGACAUAUACAAUGAGAGGAAUAACAGAGAAGGCUGUAAAAGAUAUAUAUAAUCAUAUAAUGAAUACUCCAGAGAGAGAUUUUACCAUUAAGAUUUCUGGACUGGAAAUUUAUAAUGAGAAUGUCAGGGACCUGUUAAAUGUAGACUCUGGUCGCAAUCUUAAGCUUUUGGAUGAUCCAGAGAAAGGAGUUGUGGUUGAGAAACUGGUAGAAGAAACAGUGAGCAAUGACCAGCAUUUGAGACAUCUGAUUAGUAUUUGUGAAGCUCAAAGGCAGGUGGGUGAAACUGCCCUAAAUGAUACCAGCUCACGAUCACACCAGAUAAUAAGGCUGACUAUAGAGAGCACUCUUCGUGAAAAUUCAGGUUGUGUGAAGUCCUUUGUGGCGAGCUUGAACUUUGUGGACCUUGCUGGCAGUGAAAGAGCUUCACAAACAAAUGCAGAUGGUGCUAGGCUCAGGGAAGGAUGCCAUAUUAAUCUUAGCUUGAUGACUCUCACAACUGUAAUCAGGAAGCUCAGUGUUGGGAAAAGAAGUGGUCAUAUACCUUACAGAGAUUCAAAGCUCACCCGCAUAUUGCAGCACUCUCUUGGUGGGAAUGCCCGUACUGCUAUCAUAUGCACACUGAGUCCAGCAUUGAGCCAUGUGGAACAAUCUCGAAACACUCUCUCCUUUGCUACCCGUGCGAAGGAGGUCACAAAUACUGCCCAAGUAAACAUGGUUAUUUCAGACAAGCAACUGGUGAAACAUUUGCAGAAGGAAGUGGCCCGACUUGAAGCAGAGUUGCGCACCCCAGAUCCAGAUGCUUUGUCAAGGGAAAAAGAUAUGAAAAUUCGACAGAUGAAAAUGGAAAUUGAAGAACUGAAGCGCCAAAGAGAUCUUGCACAAUCACAAGUAGAUGAAUUACGUAGGCAAAUGCAGGAGCGACCAGUUUUGAACCCAUUUGAGUCACCUCGUCCUGUGGCAAAAUGCCUAACUUUUUCUGGUCCCUUGUCAUCAAAGCUUGAUAAGCUUGAUGGAAAAGAACCUCCCCAAGUUGAUAGAACAAGAAAUACGAUGGGAAGGCAGACCUUGAGGCAAUCUUCAACUGCUCCAUUCACACUCAUGCAUGAAAUUCGCAAACUUGAACAGCUCCAGGAGCAGCUUGGUGAUGAAGCACAGAGAGCUCUGGAAGUUCUACAGAAGGAGGUUGCUUGUCAUAGGCUAGGAAACCAAGAUGCAGCUGAGACCAUUGCCAAACUUCAAGUAGAAAUAAGGGAAAUGCGUGCAGUGAAAUCUGUAGUGAAACAGAUUGAAGUUGGAGAUGUGGUUGCUGUCAACAAAAGUGUCAGUGCUAAUCUCAAAGAAGAGAUUUCUAGGCUUCAUUCACAAGGAAGCACCAUAGCCAAUCUUGAGGAGCAGCUAGAAAAUGUUCAAAAGUCUAUAGACAAGUUGGUGCUCUCUCUUCCAAGUAAUAAUGAGCAGUCUGAUGAUGUUCCUACAAAAUCUAGGAGUCAAGUGAAGAAGAAAAAGAUGCUUCCUUUGUCCUCAAGCAAUAGUGCUAACCGACAGAACCUUAUAAGAUCUCCCUGUUCACCUCUGUCUUCAACUCGAGAUGUACUAGAGUCUGAGCUUGAGAACAAGGCUCCAGAGGGUGAUGACAACAAACCCAAUGAGACUUUGCCAGGAUCUGAGAAAGUGACUCCAACAAAGAGUGAAGAUGGUGGAGAUAUCUCAUCAAGGGAAGGUACACCUUGUUAUCACCGUUCGAGUUCCGUUAACAUGAAAAAAAUGCAAAAGAUGUUUCAAAAAGCAGCUGAGGAGAAUGUGAGAAGCAUAAGGGCAUAUGUUACAGAACUGAAAGAACGUGUAGCAAAACUGCAGUACCAAAAGCAGCUACUUGUUUGCCAGGUGUUGGAGCUAGAAGCAAAUGAAGCUGCUGGAUAUGACUUGGAAAAUGAUGAGGGUGCAACUGAACAAGAACCAACUAUACCGUGGAAUGUCACAUUUUGUGAAUGGAGGCAGCAGAUCAUUGAGUUAUGGGAUUUAUGUCAUGUGUCAAUUAUACAUAGGACACAAUUCUACUUGUUAUUUAAGGGUGAUCCAGCUGAUCAGAUUUACAUGGAAGUGGAGCUUCGUCGAUUAACAUGGUUGCAGCAACACUUGGCAGAACUUGGAAACGCAAGCCCAGCCCACCUGGGAGAUGAGCCUACUAUCUCUCUAUCGUCAAGUAUCAGAGCAUUGAAGCGUGAACGGGAAUUCCUUGCAAAAAGGUUAAUGACGAGAUUGACUGCAGAAGAACGGGAUGUAUUGUACAUAAAAUGGGAUGUUGCACUUGAUGGGAAGCAGAGGAAGCAUCAAUUUGUAAACAAACUAUGGACUAAUCCUCAUGAUGUUAAACAUAUACAGGAGAGUGCUGAGAUAGUGGCAAAGUUGGUAGGGUUCUGUGAAGGUGGCAAUGUCUCCAAGGAGAUGUUUGAGCUCAAUUUUGCACUUCCAGCAGAUAAAAGACCAUGGAUAUUGGGCUGGAACCCAAUUUCCAACCUUCUACAUUUGUAAGAAAGCAGCUUAGCAUUUAUUGCAGUUCCUUUCAGAACCACAAGUAGCACGGUUCCAAAUUUCAAAUGCAGAUCUUUUGUAUAUAUAUGACAUCUCGAGGUUUUCUUCUAGACAUUGAAUUUGUUCUCCUGCAAUAUGAUGCGAUAUAACUGGUUCAACUGCAUGGUGCACCAGCUAAUUUGUAAUUCUCAUUCUUUACAUAAAAUUAUUUGAUUCA